AUGUCUCCUGUCGCGCUUAAUCAGACCAAUCCAGCUGUGAAAACCCUUCCAGCAGCUACGAAGACCAUGCCAACGGUCUCUCGAGAAGUGCUUACCAGGCCGAACUUGGCUCUGUGGGUGACCAAGGAUCACAAGAUCUACCAGAAGGAAGAACCAUAUCCAUCGUGUGGGCCGGAUGAUUGCGUUGUUCACAUUAAAGCAACAGGUAUCUGUGGAUCUGAAAUACAUUUCUGGAAGAGCGGCAGAAUCGGUGACUGUUGCGUGACACACGAUAUCAUCCUAGGACAUGAAUCAAGUGGUCAGAUCUUAGAAGUGGGAUCAAACGUUCAGAACUUCCAAAUUGGCGAUAGGGUAUCGAUUGAACCUGGUGUGUCAUGUUGGGAAUGUGAUAUGUGCAUUCGAGGGAGAUAUAACCUUUGUCCAAAAGUAAAAUUCUCCGGUACACCACCAGCAGACGGCACGAUGAGACGAUUUGUAGCACAUCCUGCCAGAUUUCUUCACAAGAUACCCGACACUAUGUCCUUUGCCACCGCCGCCUUGAUCGAACCGUUGUCUGUCGCUUACAACGCUGUCCGCCGAGCAAAGCCAUACCUAGGCCAGCCCAUCUUGAUCUGCGGUGCUGGACCGAUCGGUCUGGCUAGCGCUCUCUGUGCUCGAGCAGCAGGUGCUUCUCCUAUCGUCAUUACAGACUUGGAGCAGAACCGAUUGGACCAAGUCCGGGCUAUGGGAUUCGACCGAACGCUGAAGAUAGAUCUCAGCUGGGAUAGGUUAACAACGGCGUCGAAGAUCCGUGAGGUUAUGGGUACAGACUGUCUUCCUCAAAUAGCCUUUGAAGCGACAGGUGCUGGGUCUAGUAUCAACUCGGCUUGCUACGCUCUCGAGGAUGGCGGUACUUUGCUUCAGAUAGGAUGUGGUAAACCUGAUAUCGAAAUCCCUCUCAUGUCCAUGGGUUUCAGGGAAGUGAACAUUGUUACCUCUUUCCGUUAUCAGCAAUCUUGGCCUGUCGUCAUUCGAUUAGUCGCAGAAGGUGUUCUUGGCGAUGUUGAUGCGCUCAUCACUCACACAUUCCCUGUUGAGAAGACCAUUGACGCUUUUGAGACUUGCGCAGAUAGGUCGAAACUCGCGAUCAAAGUUCAGAUCUUGGAUGAAUAG